UUCACUUUACUAUACAACCGACGACCACUGCACCAAAUCACCAUUAUCUUUUAUCUGAGGCGAGCCUUCGCAUUGGUAAUCGGUUCUGGCAGCCAUGGAUUCACCUUCUCUGCACAUAGCAAUGUUUCCAUGGUUCGCAAUGGGGCACCUAACUCCAUAUCUGCACCUCUCAAACAAAUUAGCAAAGAGGGGACACAGAGUCUCCUUCUUCAUCCCCAAAAGAACACAAGCCAAGUUAGAGCAAUUCAACCUUUAUCCACAUCUCAUAACCUUUUACCCUAUCAACGUUCCUCAUGUUGAUGGCCUUCCCCAUGGCGCAGAAACCACUUCCGAUGUCUCUUUCCCCUUAGUUCCACUCAUUAUGACAGCCAUGGACCGCACAGAGAACGACAUAGAACUUCUCCUCCUUCAUCUAAAGCCACAAAUCGUUUUCUUUGACUUCACAUAUUGGCUUCCAAACAUGACUCGUCGCUUGGGAAUCAAAUCUUUUCAAUAUCACAUCGUUAGCCCAGCCACAAUAUCUUACACUACAACCCCAGCAAGGAUGCAACACAGUGUCCAAGAAUUGUUGUUGGGUCUUGAACUUACAAACCUGCCUUUUUUGGCUGUUCUGAAAACUCCAAUAGGGUUUGAAACAAUUGAAGCUGCUCUCCCUGAAGGGUUCAAAGAGAGAGUUGAAGGGAGAGGAAUUGUCCACAGUGGAUGGAUACAACAGCAACUGAUUUUGGAACACCCUUCAGUGGGUUGCUUCAUAACACAUUGUGGUGCUGGUUCAUUGACAGAAGCACUAGUGAAUAAGUGUCAGAUAGUGUUGGUUCCACAACUGGACAGUGAUCACAUAGUUAAUGCUAGGAUGAUGGGUGGAAUCUUAAGGGUUGGGGUUGAAGUGGAGAAGGGUGAAGAAGAUGGGUUUUUCACAAAAGAUAGUGUGUGCAAAGGUGUGAGAGUUGUGAUGGAUGAGGAGAAUGAGGUUGGCAGAGAAGUCAGGGAAAAUCAUGCCAAAGUGAGGAACUUCUUGGUAAGCCAUAAUUUGGAGUCUGCAUGUGUUGAUAGCUUUUGUCAGAAGCUUCAAGAUUUGCUCAGGUGAUUACUUUCCAAGUUUUCAGAAACCGUGGAAAAUGAUACAGUGUGAAAUUUAUUAGCAUUCUACAGGUGUAUAAAUGGAGAAAAAUUUCCUUUUUAUUAGAAUUGAAUUUUAUUAGAGUUGAAGUUUUACUGAAUAAUAGACAUAUAUAUAUAUAUAUAUAUAUAUAUUAAUGAGAUUGACAUUAAAUAUAAAUAUAGAUUUUAUUAAUGUAUAUUUAUAUUUAUUAUUUAAAUAAAAUUUUAA